CUGACUUGAGAGUGUACGGACAGUGGGCGGUGGUUACUGGAGCCACUUCUGGAAUUGGUCUGGCCUAUGCCAGUGAGUUAGCAAGAAGAGGCUUGGACAUUGUCCUAAUUAGUCGGUCAAUGAAGAAGCUUCAUGAUGUAGCAGCGGAAAUUGAGAACUGUUAUGGCAGGCAGACCCGUGUCAUUCAGACAGACUUCACUGAGGGUCAUCAAAUCUACCCUGCAAUAGCAAAGAAUCUAAAGGGCCUAAACAUUGGCAUUUUGGUGAACAACAUUGGUUUGAACUACAGUGGAGUGUUGGCCAAUUUUUUGGAUGUACCAAACUGUGAACAGAAAAUAACCCAGAUGAUCAACUGCAACAUCCUCUCCCUCACUCAGAUGACCAGGAUAGUUCUACCAGACAUGGUUGAAAGGGGGAGAGGACUUAUAAUUAACAUGUCCUCAGAAUGUGCCUCCCAGCCCCAGCCCAUGGUGACUAUGUACUGUGCAACUAAGAUUUUUAUGAACUAUUUCUCAAGAUGUCUAAAUGCAGAGUACAGGUCAGAUGGGAUCACAGUUCAGUGUGUUGCUCCCCUUCUGGUGCAUACAAACAUGACCCAGCAUAUGGGUAUGAAUCCUCUGAUGAAGAGCGCUCCAGAGUUUGCCCGGGAGGCUCUCAACACGGUCGGCUACUCCACCUACACCAGCGGCUGUGUGUCUCACGCACUGCAGCAUAUCGCUCUGUCCGUCUUCCUCCCAGACUGGGUACGUCUCUCUCCCUUCUGUAUGAAGCCCCUGCAGAAAUACGCCCUCAGUGUUCACCAGCAGCUGAAGGAGGCCUUGGCCGAGUACUCCAACAAGGAGGAGUAGUGAAUGACGAGCUGCCUGCAGUCUUUAAAAACUAUUACAAAAACGCUCAAAUUAUAAAGAAAGAUGUGAGAAUCGUCGGCCUUUCUGAAAAUGCAGUGGUCUUGGACGUCGGACUACCUGCAGUACUGAGACAUUACCAUGGGGAAAUGGUCAUUCAUCAAGUUGGAACUUGAUGUGGAGCAAAGUCAUUUUCCACAUCAAAGACCAUUUUUAUAAAUGUGAACUUUGGGGUGGGUUUGACUCUAAAAUCUAAUCUGUGCUUAAGAACAUUUUAUAAAUGCGGCCUCAGGUUUAUUGUCAGAUUCAGUCCAUAGGAACAGCACAUUGAGGGGACCUCUGACCUUAUUUUUACAUGAAACACUAUACAUAGUAUAGUAUAAUAGCACUUUUACAUGGUAUGUAUCAGAUAGUUAAUAAUAAUGACAUUUUAUUUGCAGAAUGCUCAAGAGUUGCUUCACAUGCAAAUAAUAAUAGGUUAAAACAGCCAUUUAGGAGCAGGGAGUAGGGAGGUAGAAAGGGUGCCUGGUUAUGGGGCUUUGUGGAUGUUGAGAACUUGGGAAGAAUUCUUUUACAGUAAAUAAUCUGUUGUGGCAGGCAGCCAGUAGAGUUGUUUGAGGAGAGCGGGAUGUGGUCACAGAAGAAGGGGAGUGAGCAGUGGGGUAUACUACGAAGCACGUUAGACAUAUCUAUGUAGACAUAUCGAGGCUUGACAAAGCCUUGA